ACGCCUCGGGGAAGGGUAAUAUACGAGAACUCGAAUCCCUGCCUCUGGGUUUUUAUUUUUCUGAAGACAGGAUUUAGUCACUGUUCCUUUUUUUUUCUUUGUCUGGUGCACGCAUCCCGAUCCCCGCCCCGCAUUUAUUUUCCCACACCUUGGAUCGAGCCCUCUGGGCAUCCACGCCAAUUCAGUCACCCCGCCGUGAGCCCCCUCCUGGUCCCGGGCGGGCCUAGCACGGAGGCGGUAACUAUGGAGAAUAUGGCGGAGGAGGAACUGCUACCCCUGGAGAAAGAGGAGGUAGAGGUGGCCCAGGUCCAGGUCCCGACCUCGGCUCAGGAUUCGGCUCGGGUCACAGCUCCGGACUCGGCCUCGGCCCCAGCUCCGGCUCCGGCUCCAGCCUCGGCUCCAGCCCCAGCCCUGGCCCAGGCUCCGGCCCUGUCCCCAUCCCUACCCUCUGCCCCUGAGGAGGCUCAAAGCAAGAGACACAUCUCAAUCCAAAGGCAGCUUGCUGAUCUAGAGAAGUUAGCUUUUGUAACUGAAGGGGAUUUUGACUCUGCCAGUUCAUUGAACUCAGAUAAUCUUGAUACAGGAAGCAAACAGGCUUGUCCAUUGUGCCCUAAGGAAAAAUUAAGAGCUUGUAAUAGCCAUAAACUUCGUCGCCAUCUUCAAAAUUUACACUGGAAAGUCUCUGUUGAAUUUGAAGGUUAUAGGAUGUGCAUCUGUCACUUACCUUGUCGACCAGUAAAACCAAACAUUAUUGGAGAACAGAUAUCCAGUAAAAUGGGCGCCCAUUAUCAUUGUAUAAUUUGUUCAGCAACAAUCACCAGAAGGACCGAUAUGCUAGGACAUAUUAGGCGCCAUGUGAAUAAAGGAGAGACUAAAUCCAGGUAUUUUGUUGCUUCUGCUGUUAAACCACCUAAUGAAAUUUUGAAAGAGGCAGACACAGAUGUACAAGUUUGUCCUAACUAUUCUAUUCCUCAGAAAACAGAUUCUUACUUUAAUCCCAAAAUGAAACUAAAUCGACAGCUUAUAUUUUGUACAUUGGCUGCUUUGGCCGGAGAACGAAAACCUUUGGAAUGUCUAGAUGCCUUUGGAGCCACUGGAAUAAUGGGAUUACAAUGGGCAAAGCAUCUUGGAAGUGCAGUAAAAGUUACAAUUAAUGACUUGAAUGAAAACUCUGUGACAUUGAUUCAGGAAAACUGCCAUUUAAAUAAAUUGAAAGUAGUGUUGGACAGUCAGGAAAAGGAAGAGAGUGAUGAUGUUCUUGAAGAAGGGGAGGAAAAUCUUGGUAAUAUUAAGGUGACCAAAAUGGAUGCCAAUGUACUGAUGCAUUUGAGAUCUUUUGAUUUCAUACACCUAGACCCUUUUGGAACAUCAGUGAAUUAUCUAGAUUCUGCUUUCAGAAAUAUAAGAAAUCUUGGCAUAGUGUCAGUGACUUCUACAGAUAUCAGUUCUUUAUAUGCUAAGGCACAGCAUGUUGCUCGACGUCACUAUGGCUGUAACAUUGUCCGAACUGAAUAUUACAAGGAACUAGCAGCCAGAAUUGUGGUAGCUGCAGUAGCAAGAGCUGCAGCCCGAUGUAACAAAGGCAUAGAAGUAUUAUUUGCAGUGGCUCUGGAACAUUUUGUUUUGAUUGUUGUGAGAGUUUUGAGGGGACCUACCUCAGCAGAUGAAACAGCCAAGAAAAUUCAGUACCUGAUCCAUUGUCAGUGGUGUGAAGAGAGAAUUUUCCAAAAGGAUGGUAAUAUGGUAGAAGAAAAUCCAUAUAGACAGCUACCCUGUAACUGUCAUGGAAGCAUGCCUGGAAAGACAGCAAUAGAACUUGGACCUCUUUGGUCAAGUUCCCUUUUCAAUACUGGUUUCCUCAAAAGAAUGUUACUUGAAUCUCUUCACCAUGGUUUAGAUGACAUUCAGACCCUAAUAAAGACGUUAAUCUUUGAAUCAGAGUGUACUCCUCAAAGUCAGCUUUCAUCUUCAAAUGUCAACAAGCUAGAAGAAUAUGGCGUAUGUCCUAAAACUACAGAUGACACCACAACAGAUCAUUAUAUUGCACAAGGAAAGAGAAAAAGUAAUGAAAUGGUUACAAAUUUAGCCAAGAGACAAAAGGCUGACAACAGUACUGAACAUCCCCCCUUUUAUUACAACAUCCACAGACACAGCAUUAAAGGAAUGAAUAUGCCAAAGUUAAAAAAAUUUUUGUGCUAUCUUUCUCAAGCAGGCUUUCGAGUAAGCCGAACUCAUUUUGACCCAAUGGGUGUUCGUACAGAUGCACCUCUGAUGCAAUUUAAAUCUAUCCUUUUAAAAUAUAGCACCCCAACCUACACUGGAGGACAGUCAGAAGGUCAUGUGCAGUCAGCAUCUGAAGAUACAGUAGCUGACAGAGUUGAAAUAUCAGUGGAUGAUAAAGCAGAAGCAAGCAGCUGCAGAAGAUGGUAAAUGUAGAGAUAUUUAUAUAGAUGACCUGCUUGUUCUCUAUGCCAACCAACUGUAGUUCUUUUUCUAUACACUUUUAGUUCAGUAGUAUAAAAAUAAAAAACAGUGCUGUUUUCAUUCA